AUGCAUCUUUCAACUAAACGUCCAACUAAACCUCCACCUAAACCUCCACCUAAACCUCCAAAUCCUCCGCCAACAUAUCUGAAAUUAUCUACACAAUCCACCAACACUUCGACCUCACCACCACAACCAACACUCCAACCUCACCACGACCGCCAUGUCCACCCCCACUCCCACCCCCGCCACAACCCCCCCCUCCACGUCCACCUCGACGCCCUCACCCUCCAACGCGAAUCCCGCGCCCCCCGCCCCCCAACCCACUCCGUCUACCACCGCACCCCGCACUCCUACCGCUCCACCCACUCCGGCCUCCACUCCUCCCAAGCGCGCACGCCCACCACCACGCACUCCCCGCGCGCCUCCGUCUCCACCCUGCAGCUCCAGCACCUCCUCGAAAAGCUCGAAAUGGACCAAUACAACACCUACGGCGUCGAAGAGCUGCGCGACGGCUUCUUCGACGCCUCCUUCUACCGCCCCAUCAAGCAGCCCGACGAUGACCCCCUCCACCCCCUCCACCCACCGCGCACAACGCCGCGCCAAUGGGCACACGCCCAACUCACCGCCGCCAAGAGCGCCGCCACAACAGUGUUCACGACGCGCCAGGGCGUGUCCCUGGCAAAGAGCUUCCUCGCCUACUUCGCCGCCUACGUCCUCUGCCUGGUGCCCGCGACGCGGGCGUGGCUGGGGCAGCACAGCUACUGGGUCCUCAUCGCCGCGCUGUCCAACCACCCGGGGCGCACGGUCGGCGCACAGAUCGAGGGGACUGUGUCGUGCGGUGUUGGCGGCGUGCUGGGGCUGGGCGUUGGUGCUGCUGCGCUUGCGGCGGCGGGUAGGGCGGGCGGAGGGUGGUAUGGUGGUGUUGUGACGGUGUUUGUGGCGGUGUUUAUUGGUGUGGCGAGUUGGGUGCGGUGCUCGCUGGUGAGGGUGUAUCAGGCGAUGAUGGGCGCAGGGUUGGCGUUCUUCUUUUUGGUGCUUGUGGAUGGGCGCGUGGAGGGGGAGGGAGUGGGGGAGGAGGGAAUAGGGAGGGUGAGGGCGAGGGUGGGGGAGUGGGCGGUGCCGUGGGCGGUGGGGCUGGCGCUGUGUGCGGUUGUGAAUGUGUUGAUAGCGCCCGAAGCGGGCGGGAAGGCUGUUGCAACCGCACUGCACAAAGCCCUCCUCUCCGCCCUCGACGGCCUCGUCCAGCAGCACACCUACUCCCCCGCCACACACCGCCACAUGUCCCUCCAACUCGUCAACCUCUCCGAGGCCGUGCGCGACAUGCGCAGCGAGAUUGUCCUCUCGCCGCUUGCGCCGGCCGACGCCCUGCAGCUGCGGAACCUCCUACAGGCCGUCAUCCGCGAUAUCAUGGCUAUCAAGCCGGACGCUAGUCUCUUUGACACGCCCGCCGCGACGGCGAAGGAGGAGGAGGAGGAGGAGGAUGCGGUGGUGGUUGGCCUUUCCCCCACUACUGCUGUAGAUAAUGUGUCAGACAGCGAUAACCUCUCGCUCGCCUCCUCGACCGCAGAACACAUAAGCCUAGUGCGCAGCAUCAUGGCCACGCCCACACAAGCGCUCCUCGCCGCGUGUGCCUCCGUGCUCACAUCCUGCGACAGCAGCCUCAUGACACUUCUGCACCACCGCGAGCUCCUCCGGCACCCCGGCACCCCGGCACCCUCUUCCACCCCUCCCACCACCACACCAACACUCACCACAACGCACAGCACCUUCACCGCCGCCCUGCGCGCAUUCGACGCCGCCGACACACACCUCAUGGAGCACCCCACGCUGCCCAGCUCCUACGCGGCGCACCCAGACCUCGUCAGCCUCUUCCUGUACAUCCACCCCGUGCGCCAGGCCGCCGAGUCCGUGUCCGCGCUCGCGGGGAAGGUGCUGGCCCUCGAGCGCGGCGAUAAUAGGAAGCGCGUGUAUGGGCCGAGCUACCCGCUGGAGAAGGCGCUGUACCGCGCGUCGCCGCAGGUGCGCCAUGACCGCGGGGGCACGACGGCCGGGUACUAUUUUAAGAGUAAGCAGCGCAUCGAGGAGGCGAUGGAGCGGUACCACUCGCUGCCGUUUACGCCCAGCCCGGACAUUCUCAGUCCUGCUGGGGCGAAGACGGAUUCGCCUUCUGCGGGUACGGCGGGGGCGGAGACAGAGACGAGGCGGUAUAAAGUGUGGAUGGUGGUGCAUAGGCUGCAGCAGUUUGAGAGCCGGUUUGCGGUCAAGGUUGUGCUGGUGACGGCGCUGCUGUGUGUGCCGGCGUGGACGGAGGCGGGCAGGGGCUGGUAUGUGGCGGAUGAGGGGUGGUGGAGCGUCCUGGCGGCCUGGUUCAUGAUGCAUCCGCGGGUCGGCGGGAGCGCGCGGGAUCUGGUGACGAGGAGUGCGGCGGCCGCGGUGGGGGCCGUGUGUGGUGGGGUGGCGGUGGCGGCCGGCGGGGGGAAUCCCGUGGUGGUCGGCGUGUUUAUGGUUGUGUUUAUGGCGGGGUGUAUAUUCCGCUUCACGGCAAGCUCGCAUCCACGCUCAGGGCUGAUGGGGUGCGUGGCCUUCUCGGUCGUCUCCGUGAGCGCCUACACCGCCGCCGCCGCCGCAGACGCCACAGGCACGGCGGCGGGCGCGGCAAGGAUUGCGUGGACGCGGGGCGCGGCGCUGAUUGUGGGCAUUGUGAGCGCGGUCGUGGUCAAUUGGGUGAUUUGGCCGUUUGUGGCGCGGCACGAGCUGAGGAAGAGUCUGUCGUUCAUGAUGCUGAAUCUGGGGAUAUCGUAUCGUGGCGUUGUUGCGAGGUAUAUUUACUACGACGCCGACUCGGCGCCGACAAAGGAGGAUCUCGAGCGCUCGGAGAUGCAGGAGGCGCGGUUGAGGGAAGGAUUCGUCCGCAUGCGCGAGCUGCUGGAAAUGACCAGACACGAGAUACGCCUACGCGGGCCCUUCGACGCAGCGCCCUACAGCGCCGCCAUGGACAGCUGCGAGCGCCUCCUCGAACACAUUGUCGAAGUGCGCCAAUCCUCACUCUUCUUCCAGCCCUUCCUCUACGGCGGCACCGAAGAAUUCACCCGCAAAAUGCUCUCGGUGCGGCGCGACGCCGUAGCCAGCAUCCUCAUGAACCUGUACAUCCUUGCGGGCGCGCUGCGCGCGAAGCGGCCCGUGCCCAUGUACCUGCCCUCGGCGGCGGCGGCGCGCAAGCGGCUGCUGGAGCGCAUGGCGGAGAUUGAGGAGGAGGAUGAGGCGCUGGCGGAGGUGCGGCCGCGGCCCGAGGGGUCGAGGAGGUGGGCAGAUGUGUAUCAGUAUGCCUAUUCGUCUGCGCUCACGGAUAUUGUGGGGCAGUUGGAGCUGCUGCAGAGGUAUACGAAGGCGAUUGCAGGGGAGAUGGCGCUGGAUUUUCCGGAUUGGUAG